AUGUUGAAGCGCAAGCCCUCCAACGAUGCAGAAGGCUCGAUCCUUGGCGCGCGACGCCAGCGUCGACUGUUCCGCGCGGAUAAGCACAACAAACACCCGUGGCAGCCAGAGACGGAGCGCGACAUGACUGAGUUGCUAGAAUACAUCCUCCAGCAUGAAGAGGCUUUUCAGAACCAACACCGCCUCUCCUCGCUCUACGCAGACUUUCGCCAGCAACUCGAAGUAAACCCCGAGGGUUACCAUGCGAACAUCGCCGCAUGGAAUAAAGCGCUCACCAAUGCUGCACGAGCCGGGGUCAUUCCCGUACGAGGCACGGCCCGUAGCCCUUUCACUAUUCUUGCAACAGACGGUCUCGCACAGGCAUUAUUACACCCACAGCAUGGGAAGCCCACGUGCUUGCCUGCAGUCUUCCACGAUGCUGCGCAGAAGAGGGAAUGGAUACCCCAGAAUGACUUCUGGACUGCAAAAGAGAGUAUAUAUAAGACCUCGUGGAUACCGUCACCAUUGAAGGUACUGCAGUGGAGCCUGAGACAGGUCGGCGUCUUAGGACAGCCGAGUUCACCACAGAAGCUUCAAGGAGGAGGCUUUGUGGUAGUGAAGAACGUAGAGGCCGCUGCAAAUGAGAUUUUGAAGAAGACGAAGGAACAUACAUCGACCGCCGAUCGCGUAAUGUCCAAGGCAGAGUUCUCGAAGCGAUUCUUGGGAGUUUCCGACCCCGGCGCCGCGCUCACAUAUGGUGAGGGUGACACGAAUCUUCUGCUGCAGUAUCUACAGCGAGACAGGCAAGCGCUGCUGUUCGAUGGGCAAACAGUAAAGUUCAAGGCCGAGCACGAAGCUGCGCCUGAACCCAUAACACGCGAAGACCAGGCCAUUGCCAAUCUGCGUGACACACUUGCCAAAAUCAACGCCCAAAUCCCUCAGUUCAUGGAGAAGAUCGCUGCCGCAGAUGCAGCAGUACGCGAGGCAGUGACCGCAAAACAAAUGAUCCGCGCCAAAGCGGCCCUGCGUUCGAAGAAGCUUGCUGAAGGUGCUCUCGCACAACGAUCGGAUGUUGCGCUUCAACUAGAAAGCGUAUACACACAACUUGAAACCGCAGCUGAUCAAGUCGGAAUCGUAGAAGCCAUGCGUGCCGGCGCAGACGCACUCAAGAGCCUGAACGAGCAGGUUGGCGGUGCGGAGGGCGUGCAAGGUGUUGUUGAAGCUGUCAGGGAUCAGAUGGCAUUCACGGAGGAGAUCACAGAUAUCAUCAACGAUUCAGAUCAGCCGCUCGAUGAGGGUGAGAUUGAUGAUGAAUUCGAAGCCCUCGAACAAGCCGAGAAGGAGAAGACAGAGCGCGAAGAAGCUGCCAAGACGGCGGCGAGGUUGGCUGAGCUGGCCGAGCUGGAAGAGAAGCGCAAACAGAAGGAGAGCGAACAGCAUGCGAAGCAGGCUCAGCAGCAGCAGCAGCAGGAAGAGGAAGCCAAGGCAGAGGAAGAGAAGGAGAAGAAGACGGAGGAUGAGGUCGACAAGGCUUCGGAAGAGCUUUCGAGGUUGUCGUUCGUGCAACGGGAUGAAGAUGAGGAUAUGAAGGAAGCUGAGAAAGAAGAGCGCGUUGCGCUUCCUGCUUAGACGAUGUUGCAUUGUAGAGCACUUUUAAUCUUGCAUAGCAGUGGCGUUCGUUGGCUUUAAUUCAGAUCAUGCUUGUACAUUUGCAAGAAACAAAUCCACAAAUAUUCUCU